GUAUAAUAUAUUUGGGAAUACAUGUUAUUAGUUAAAUAAACCGCCUUACACCGUCUCCUCAUUGAAAAGUUCUUCAGUUAUCAGAUGGUGAAAAUCAAAACUAAUAAAAAAUUCAAACAUUAAUAAAAAAUGUUUAAAUUUGCAAAACCCACUGAUUUGCCAGAUUGGAAGGAAGAAAGACCAGAUUUUAACAGUGAUGAAGUCACUAGUUUUAUUUUCAACCCCCAUCGUUCACAAUCUAUUGAAAACCAGCGUAAACGUCUUCCUAUUUUUGAAAAUCGUGACCAAUUUUUAUACCUGCUUGAAACUCAUCAGUUUCUCAUUCUCAUUGGAGAAACAGGAAGUGGGAAAAGUACACAGGUUCCACAAUACCUUUUAGAAUCAGGAUGGGGAUGUGAUGGUAAAACCAUAGUUGUAACACAGCCACGGAGAGUGGCAGUAUUGAGCCUUGCUUCAAGAGUAGCAGAUGAAAUGGGUACAUCACUAGGGCAAACAGUUGGCUAUUCUAUCAGAUUUGAUGAACAGAUUUCAAACAAAACAAGGUUAAAAUUUGUUACUGAUGGUGUGCUCCUGCGUGAAAUGCUGACUGAUCCUUUGCUUAAAAAGUAUUGUGUAAUUAUGGUUGAUGAAGUCCACGAGAGAUCUCUGAAUACUGAUAUACUUCUUAGCCUACUAAAGAAAAUUGCUAAGAAAAGGCCGGAACUUCGACUUAUUAUUUCCUCGGCCACUUUGGAUGCCGAAGAAUUAAAAAAUUAUUUUACAUGGAAAAACAAAUCAGCAAAUGAUGAAAAGGGAUCUACAGAAGUUCAACAAUAUAAAAAGGGAGAAGCAGCAAUCAUGAAUGUUAUUGGCAGAUGUUAUCCUGUUGACAUUUUCUAUGUGCAAGACCCAGUUCCAGAUUAUGUGAAAGCAAGUGUAGACACUGUUAUUAAAAUAUCAACUCAUGAACCACCUGGAGAUGUACUAGUCUUUCUAACUGGCCAUGAAGAAGUGGAAACGGCAGUAAGAUUCCUAAAAGAAUAUGCAAACACGGUUGCUGAAUCCAGUAGAAAAGAUAAAUUACAUGUCUUAGAAAUGCAUGGGGGAUUAUCCAAUGAUGACCAAUUACAAGUUUUUCAACGUCCUCCAUCUGGACGAAGGAAAGUUGUAGUUGCUACAAACAUAGCUGAGGCUUCUAUUACUAUUCCUGGAAUUGUUUAUGUUAUUGAUUGUGGCUUUGUAAAAUUGAAGUGGUUCAACGCGGAUACCCAAACUGAUGCGCUGGUUGUUGUUCCAAUAUCACAAGCUUCAGCUCAACAGCGAUCUGGUAGGGCUGGGCGGAUGAGACCUGGGAAAGCAUAUCGCUUAUUCACGGAAGAUUAUUUUUACACAUUGAAUCGAUUCACGCCACCAGAAGUGCAAAGGAGCAAUUUAUCAUCAGCAGUUUUGCAGUUGAAAGCUUUAGGUGUGGACGACAUAAUUCAUUUUGAUUUUCCUAGUCCUCCGCCGGCUCAACAUCUUGCCGUGGCACUUGAACUACUAUUUGCUCUGAAAGCUAUCGAUUCGUCGGGGCGUCUAACUGAUCCUACGGGUUUGAGGAUAGCAGAAUUCCCAGUCGAGCCUAUCAUGGCAAAAAUGCUAAUCUCUUCAAACGAUUUUAAGUGUUCUGCGGAAAUAGCAUCCAUUGUUGCGGCGAUGCAGGUACAAGCAUUGUUCUACUAUCCCACACGCGGUCAAGACAGUAUUAAAGCGCGUAUAGCAAGACGGAAAUUUGAAGCAUGUGAAGGAGAUUUAAUUACUUACCUCAACGUGGUAACUGCUUUCACCAAGCACGGAGAUUGCCCAAGAUGGUGUCAGUCAAACUACAUCAAUAAAAAGGCACUCAAGCGUGUUCUUGUUUUGCGCAGCCAAUUAAUUAAAUUGCUGCAGCGGUUAGGUGUACCGUACUCCUCCGCCGAAGGUGAACUUGAGCCUAUUUUGCGAUGCAUAGCUUCCAGUUUGUUUACAAAUACUGCAUACCUUCAUCCAUGUGGAGAGUACAAAACUGUGUUGGCUGAUGUUGUCCUUCACGUUCAUCCACAUUCCAUAUUGUAUGCAGAGGAAAAAGCGCCAUGGGUUGUUUUUGGCGAAGUUCUACAGACAACCCAACUGUUUAUGCGGGACAUCACCAUAGUCGAUCCGCUUUGGUUGGAAGAAUUAGCACCGCACUAUUUUCAGAAAGUUACUGAAAGAUAACUAUGUUGCGAUUCAGCGUAAUACAUUGCAAUUCAUGUA